AUGGCCUCCCGACUCCCCGCUGCAUCCUCCAUCCCCUUACGGACCCCGGAAGAGGAGGUGGAAGUCCCAGUUCCAGAGAGUCACAGCAGCGUCAGCAACCUGAAGAAGUCGACGAGUUUAGGCGAGCUGAAGAGGGAGAGUAGUACCGGCAGUGGGAGCCAGAACAGUGGAGACGACGACAACUAUCCUCAAAAGGCAGCAAAACCGCAAGAAGAAGCUUAUCCGCCCGCCGCAGCAGCAGCAGCUCCCCCAGCGGCGGCAGCUGGAAGGGUCGCCUACCGUCGAAGCAGCAGCAGCAGCGAGGACUCGCCUCCUCCUGCAGGAGUUGCCGCGGCCCGUCUUCCUCGCGACGACAAUCUCUACGCGAGUCUUGUGCGCUAUCAAGAAGAGAACGACGACAAUACGACAGUGUCCAUGCCGAGCGAUGCUUUGCGUAGCGUCUCGACGGGUUGGUAUUCGGUUCAGUCCGAUGACGACCGCAAAAUCCCAGCCAGACCCACAGGCGGGACAUACGAAGGCACAGCUGCCAGCAUGAGCUCUGUGGGUCGAGCUUCCAAUUCGCAGUCCUCCAAUAGCUCGGGCUACACCACUCCGAGUCCUGGGAAUCCUCAUUUCCGGCGAGCCAGUAGUACCAGUAGUGGAGGAUCCUUUCGAGGCGGAUUGUUCCCACCGCCCACGUAUCCUGCGACGCGACGAACUAGCAGCGGCAGUCGAACUCCCCCGCCUCCAUCGGCAUCGACACGAGCGGCGUCGGCGGGGCUUCCCACCGUGGUCCAUCAUGACGACAUGGACGACCAAACGGCACUUUCCAGUAUCGUAGCUUCCACAACCGAAGAAGGAUUCGCCCCCUUUUCCCGUUUCCCAUUGGGUGUUUUAGAAGAAGCCGAUAAUACCGGCAUGAACAUGGCCACGGGCCACAACAACAGUGAAUUUGCCUGUCUCAGUGCCGCCGCUCAAUUGGCGCAAGAAUCCAACAUGGGAAAUAUGAUCGAGACGACUCGUAGUGCUCCCAAUCCAUACGAGUCGGGUGCUGGUGGAACAGGCAUGCACGUUCCCCCAAGCCGUGGUGAUCCCAACAGCAACUGGGAUGAUAUGGAAAUUGCCUUUCAAAAUCUCAUGUCGCCGUCCUCUCAAUUGGCCUUGGAAAUUCAUCAGUUACAGCCAAAACCGAACGGCGGCAACCGAAUGGAUCAUUCUGCCACCACACCCUGCGAACAACCACCCUGUCGAACGAGAGCGGCUGGAGACAAUGUGAAUUUUGAGCCCAUCAGUCAUCAGUGCCCGCCCCCUCCGCCGAUGAAUGACUACACACGGAUGCAGCAGACACUAGGAAUGACGGACCUGCCAGCCCCACCGGGAUCAACCAGUGCUACUCAAAGCGUUGCUAGCAUUGGUGGCAUGUCUCAACAGAGCGCUAGCCAAGCAUCUUCGAGUGCGGCUCCCCCCCGAAGCACCCUGUCCAUGCCAUCGUCGAGUAGUACAGACCAAGGACCUGCCUGCUCCCCCACCAAAAAUACUAACAAUACAAAGCUCCCUGCAUCAUCCAGCAGCACCAACAAUGGUGACCCUACAGCCGAAGAACAGUAUCAAAUAUGGAAACAAAUCCAAGAGGAACUAGAACGAAAAGAAAUGGAACUGGCGCUUCAAUUGUCGACUGCGAACGACGGAAGUAAUAACAACAAUGCAGGCAACGGUACUGCUAGCGGUGGUACCAGUGGUGGCGGCGGUGGUGGCUCUGCCUCCUACCCCUGUCAGAAUCCCAAGCCUCCGACAGCAGAAUCGGGCAGUGGCGGCGGUGCCAACGGAGAAGAGGAAAUUGACGAAGAGGAAGCUCUCAAGGUUGCUCUCAGAAUUUCGGAGGAAGAAGCAAAUGCCGCCACGAAUAAUGACAAUGACAACGAAGAAGACGAAAUCGCUCGGGCAUUGCGAUUAUCGGAAGAACAGGCAGAAGAAGAUCGGAGACGAUUGCAGCAACUACAAGAACAAGCGGGAGAAAUGUCAGAAGAAGAACAACUGCGACUUGCCAUCGAACAAUCGAUGCAGCAAGACGCCCAAUCCUCGGCGACCCCAGGAUCGUUCCGCCAGGAAGACCAAAACGAUGAUGGCGGUGUAGACGAGGAGAUGAGACGUGCUCUGGCGGAAUCAUUACAGCAACCUCACCAGCAGAACCAGUCGCUGCCGCAGCAUGUGGAGAACGAAAUAGAGUCUACGAACGUUGGUGAUGAUGAUGGUAUGGACGAAGACAUGAGACUGGCCCUGCGAUUGUCACAACAAAUGGAAGAAGAGGAACGCCGCCUUCGUGACGGCUUUGCUCCUCAAGAACCGCAAAUACCGCCGGAACAUUUGUCGGAUGGCAGAGCGGAUAGCUUCCGAGAUCACAUGCAAGCGUUUCCUGGUCAUGAAAUGUCGUCGUCUCGUGCCCCUGCAUCGAUGGACGACUCUGGAACCAUGCCUCCAAUACGACCAACUCAAGCACCGACCUCUCCUGGUCUGAACCAACCAAUGCGAAACCAACAACAGGCGGACAGGCCGGUCAGCCGUUGGAAGAACAGACUGAUGGGCGGCAGCAAUCACGAUAAUGACCACCCAAUGGACCCCUUGGAUAUCCCUGAUUCCAUUCCACCGCAUCAUCCGUCAAGAGAAGACAUACAAGAGCUGUCUCUUUCGCAGCAUCAGAAGCAAAACGCGUACUUGCAGAAUUACAAGGCGACACAAGGUGGGGGAAGAGUCCAUGCCCCAGAUGAUGGUAACGACAUGCCACCAGUGAGCCGACCACAAAGACGCGGCCAGCAGCAACAUUGGCCCCCUAGUGACCCUGGAGUGAACGUUGUUGAUAUUGACAAGGAAUCUCGUGAUGUGAUGGUCCGAGAGGGUCAAUCUGAAACACGUGCUGCUAUCAUGCAGGGACAUUCUCAAAUCGUGACAUGCCGUGGUUGCCUCGGAAAACUGCACGCUCCCAUGAAUUGCGCUCUGGUAUUCUGUCCCACCUGCAACACCGUGAGCCCGCUGGAUGAUUCUCAUUACGGCUAG